AUGGGCCAAAAACUACUCGAGUGGCUUCAAAAAUUUGGAUGUUUGACAGAUGAUAAUUAUCAACAAGACGGUGUAGUUUCACUCCGUUGCAGAAAAUCGAAUUGCAAAUCAACCUUCCCAACGAUAAUUGGAUUGAAACGCCACGAAAGUCGUCACAGUCUCAUGUUUUCGGCAUCUUCUGCUCGUUUCUAUGAAGUUGCAUCGUUGAAAAAAGGAGUUCCAAACACAAAUCCAUCGGAAGGCUACGAAGUUGUAGUGUUCUCUCAUUAUUCCAAAUUGGAGGGAGCGAAUGUUUCCGUUUUGGAAGAAACUCCAAUCAACAAUGUUAUAAUUACGAAAAUUGAAUCGAAAUCGAUGCAUCAAGGAUUCUUCCAAGCUCUCGUAUCGACCAACGUCUCCGGAAUCAGUCGCGUGACUUAUAUGGAAGAUGGUGUCAAGUACAUGAUUUUGGUCAAAAUGCUCGCCGCUGGAAAGAAUUUUGGCAGUGAAAUGAAGGCGAUUGAUGAUGCUUUCAAAGCGUUUCCUGAUACUGCUUGA